AGGAAAGAAGUAGUGGAACUACACGGCGGCGCAUUUUGUGCUUGGAGGAUACAGAGUUGUGAGAGACAUUCGCAAGAGGAACAGAGCCGUACAAGAAGGAAAAAAGUGUUCCAACUGCUAAACGAGAACACCGAGGAUACACAGUUAUAUUUUCAUGGAACUUCAGUAGUUAAAGCUAUUAAAAGGCAUGCAAAAAGAAGACAUAAUCCCUAAAUAGCAGGAGUGAUGGCAUCUUACCAUAGCUUAGAGGAUGACGCAAUGACUUUGAUGGUCCAUGACACCAACGCGGUCAAGACAGAGGAGUUUGUCAAAGAUGAGCCGGUUCAGGAGACGAGCUCAGAAAAAGCGGACCCGUCUCAGAAGCCGCCUUACUCUUACGUAGCUCUGAUUGCCAUGGCAAUAAGGGAGAGUUCGGAGAAGAGGUUGACUUUAUCUGGCAUCUACCAGUACAUAAUUAACAAGUUUCCUUUUUACGAGAAGAACAAGAAAGGCUGGCAAAACAGCAUACGCCAUAACCUCAGUUUGAACGAGUGCUUCAUCAAAGUUCCACGUGAAGGCGGCGGCGAGAGGAAGGGGAAUUACUGGACCCUGGACCCAGCUUGCGAGGACAUGUUUGAGAAAGGAAAUUACAGACGUAGACGACGGAUGAAACGGCCAUUCAGACCGCCCACAGCUCCCUUUCAGCCGGGAAAAUCUCUCUUCGGCGGGGAUGGAUACGGUUACUUGUCCCCUCCCAAGUACAUCCAGCCCGGAUUCAUGAACAACACCUGGCCGCUCAGCCAGCCGCCGCCACCAAUGUCUUACGCUUCGUGUCAAAUGGGAAGUGGAAAUGUUAGUCCCAUCAACGUUAAAGGGCUCUCGGCUCCGACCUACAACCCGUACUCCCGAAUGCAGGCCAUGGGCCUCCCGAACAUGAUGAACUCAUAUAACGGCAUGAGCCAUCAUCAGCCACAGCAGCUGAGCGGAGCCGCGGCUGCGCCUUCUCCGGUACCCACCAACAACACGGCGGGCCUCCAGUUUGCCUGCGCGCGUCAACCAAGCGAGUUGUAUUCUUACUGGGACCACGAGGCCAAACAUUCAACUUUGCACUCUCGGAUUGACAUUUAAGUCGAACACGUUCAAUAUCCACGAGACGCAGGAGACCCACAUGGGAUCUGAUGUUGAUUUGUUUGAACGUUUUAUGCCGCCUGGAAGGUGGUUAUUACAUUUCACUCUCAUUCCAGUACACGAAAUGCAAACAGGGUAAAACAAACAGCGAGAGAAGGAAGAUGAGACAGCCUAUAAUCUUCAGUAUUGGUUAUCUACAGAGCGCACAUGAACACCUAAGUGGGAAAUCGGAAAUUUCAUGAUGUAGCUUAUACUACCUACAUUUGCAAAACAACAGCAACAACAAAAGUGUUCGGACUGUGUAGACAGAACUUCAGCAAGUGCUAUUAAUGCGAAGUGUUCUCUUAUGAAUCCUGUGAACCCUAAAGUAGUCGCGUCUGGUGUUUGCCCCAGUGUAGAUUAGCCUCUUAGCAUACCGAUACAAUAGCUCUAUAGAUUGUUAAAAUAUCUUUGUUUUAGAAAUGGUAAAUCACGAGACCUUUUCGUUCAUUUUUCUGUUUUGAUACUCUUUGGAAAUUGUUGGGACCAUGUUAA